AUGUCGACCUUGUACAUGACAGCCAUUGCAGCAGGCGUAUUCUUCCACAAUAUCGUAAGGAACAGGGAAUUCGAUCGUUAUCCGUUCUCCAUUCUUUUUGUGGUCAUAGCAUCCCACAUUGUUCUCUCGAUACUACUUCAUUAUGAUAACGAUGUCGAUGUCCUAACAUUUUGGCAAGCUCAAAGACUUGCCUCUAGCCUGAUCGCGACGACCAUUCUUUCGCUAUGGACGAAUAUCCUUGUUUAUCGAGCCUUCUUCCAUCCGCUACGAAAUUUCCCUGGUCCUUUUGGUGCCCGACUCUCCAAAUUCUGGAGUCUGGGAAAAGUUAUCGAAUCUAAAGUCAGGUGGUACCAGGUUGCUGGAAAAUUGAAGGAGGAGUAUGGGGAUUAUGUCAGGACAGGACCGCGCGAACUCACAAUUUUCGAUCCUGCAGCCAUUAGUAUCAUUCUUGGCGCUUCAUCUAAGUUGCAUAAAGGACCGUUCUACGGCUCGACAUCCCCAGAGUCUUUGCAUACGACGAGAGACUCGGACUUUCACAGAAAAAGAAGAAAGAUCUGGGACUUGGCCUUCAAGCAAUCUCUCGCUGAUUAUGGACCCCGCAUCGCAGAGUUUACCACAUCGUUUCUUGCUCGUCUAUCAGAAGGUGGUGAAGAUCCGUUAGUGAUUAAUGAGUUAUGUGUUCAAUACAGUUACGAUGUCAUGAGUGCAUUGGCAUUUGGUAUCCAUACCAAAUUUCUGAAUGGGAAGGAAACAGCUGCAGCCAAGAAAGUUCUUGACAAUAUCCAAUCUGGUAUUUCUGCUCUUGGAGCGGUAGUUCAUAUCCCAUGGAUGUUCACAGUUAUUGACGUGCUGAGUUUUCUUGGAGGGCCAAUGAAAGAAUUUAAUGAUUGGUCAGCUUCUCAGGUGGAGGCACGAAGAGACAUGAAAAACCCCAAGCCAGAUAUAGUAGGCCAUCUGAUACAGCAUACGGAGAACACUCCUGCUGGACGCGCUCUUCUCAACGGCGAUUCUCGCGUAAUCAUUGGAGCAGGCAGUGAUACUACUGCAUCAGCCCUUACGGCAAUCUUCAUUCAUCUUGCCCAUUAUCCUGAAUAUCAAGCUCGACUCUUUAAAGAGCUGAGACCACUGUUUGAAGAUGGUACAUAUACUGAUGCAAUGCCGACUCCAUUACUUGAUGGGAUCAUUCAAGAAGUACUAAGAUUAUACGCUCCUGUUACAUUCAACUCUCAGAGAGUCACUCCAAAGGGGGGAUUGACUAUUGGAACGGUAUAUAUACCUGGGGAUACAAUUGUUAGUAUUGCAACCUGGCAACUUCACCGUGAUCCUCGAAACUUCAAGCAUCCAAACAAAUUCAUUCCGGAACGUUGGACGAUGCGCUCGGAUCUCAUCAUUAAUAAGUCAGCAUACUUACCAUUCUCUAUGGGUGUAUACAAUUGCAUCGGAAAAGGUCUUGCAAUGAUGGAACUGCGUUCUGUGAUUGGGAGAUCGGUAGCUGAGUACAAGGUAACGUUCCCGGAGAAUAUAAAGUUUGACGAAGAGGAGUUCUUUGGCAACGUCAAGGAUCACUUUACUAGCGGAAUUCCAAGGUGUGAGUUAGUUUUCAAGAAAAGAUAA